GCGAGCCAGAUCUAGACUACCUCCGCAUUCUUCAAUAAUUUUCCUUUGCCUGAUCUUCCGGUCGAUCGGGUAGAGGAAUGUGUUGCUCUAACGGCUCUGAAGAUGGGGCUGUACAAUCUACAACUGCGGGAGGCCCGCCUAGCGAAAGAACGGGAGCUGAUCGUGGCCCGGACCAAUGUCGAAUAGGAUGCUGUUGCUGCAACCCGUACUUUUGAGGUUGAUCCAAAAGCCUUUAUGGAAGAAAAGCAACGGCUUUAGGCUGAACUUGGUGAGCUCCGGGUUCAGCUUGCCGCUUCCCAAGCUAAGGUCUCCGCGGCUGAGGCCGCUUAGAUCAAGUUCGAAGAGAUGGCCUCCCGCAUCCCGUAUGGCCCUUCUGAAGUGAAUGUGGAUUUGUUUGUCGUGCAGGAUGCUUUUAAAUCCUCUGAUGAGUUCACCGCCAUUAAGGAGGAGUACACUCUGCAUCAACUCCCAGCUAUAUUUGGGGCUCAUAUUGAGAAGUUCCCCCGGGGUGAUGAGCAGCAUAGGGCAGGAGUGGACCUUCUUGAUAAGGAUCCCCAGGUCAAACAUUGGAACAACUCCCUGACCGGGAAUCACUAUGUCAUGGGCUGUCAGCACAUCUUGCGGCCCUUUGUGGCCCGGUUGCAGCACCAGCUGGGCAGGCAGGUCCAGGCUUCCGACCUCUCUUAAGUCCCCAUUGUCAUGGCCCAUUUCGAGAAAUAUGAACGGGAAAUGCAGCGGGCUGCCAAUCGUGAUGCUGGUAAGGAGCCUGAGCCCCCCAUCUGAAUCAGAAGAUGACGAGGACGAAGGUAAUGACGAUAGAGAGGAAGCCCCCGACCAGUAGACCAG